AUGGCUAAUAAAGAUGAAACUAACUUACAAAUAGGAUUUGGUGUAUGGGUAUGCUUUUGCAUUUUAGCCUCUCUAUGGAUGAUUAGCAAAUUCUUAAGGGGCAAGCAGCAAGUUUUUUCUAAUUUGCACGUAGUUGAAGAUAGUUUAAGGAAAUUACAAGAAAGAAUGGAACUGGAGGAGAGACGAAAGAGUAUGGGUUAUAUGGACAUAGACUCACUGGAAGAGUUGACGAGACGUUUUGAAAAUGUGGAAGAAUGUCAGCAGGAGAAUGAAGACGGAGGAAAGCCAUUAUUAUCAACUGAAAAUGCAAUUGGUGAACUUGGAGUUGUUGCUGAGGAUCAAAAUGUGGAAGAUAAGAAAAAUAUAUAA